CUUCUUCACCUGAGAGGACAUCCUUUCGCCGUAGCAGACAAACAUGCCGGGGCUCCUGAGAACCAUCGCCAGCCGUGUUGCCCCUGUCCUGCGGGGACACACCGUUGCCCAGAGGGCUAACCUCUACACCGCCCCAGCCAAGGAGAAGGUCGGCGCAGUGGAAUCUACCGUUGCUCUCGGCUUUUUCUCCCUGGCCAUCCUGGGACCAUCUGGAUGGAUCCUGGCCCACUUAGAGGACUACAAGAAGAAGGAUGAAUAAAGUGGACAUUUUAACAGCCUGGUACAUCCUGCAUCUCCUGUCUCCAGUGACAACCUGGGACCAUCAUCAUCAUGCUUUGCCGCAGAGAAGAAUAUGGAACAAGUUUACCUUCUCUCUUCUACCUCUCUGACAGUUCCACUCCACUUCCCAGAUAGAAACCAACUGUUACAAAAUGCUCACUCUGAUACAUUAAUUAUUGUGUUGCACCUCUUUCCUCUUAACAGUAUGAUACAAGAUUAAAUUUUAAACAUGA